GCACACUGGCUGAGCCAAUGUUAGAAUCUACACAUUGAAUGAAAGUCAGCGUAGCAUCAGCAGAAGCAGCAGCAGGAGGCUGUGUUCCCAGAAUAUCUGCAGCCUGCACUCAUCUGACAGCUUGUCGAGCGGGCAGCCGGUGACACUGUGUCCGCACAGAGAGGAGAACGCGUUGGCAGAACAAAGACUCAGAUUGUCGCUGAAACGGGAAGAAGGACAGCGCUGUGCGGGGCAAUGCAGCGGGUCACGCCGCACCUCGUCGCCGGGCUGGUCGCAGCGGUGCUGUCGCUGCUCGCCGAGCAGUGCUGGGCGGACGGCGGGGGCCCCAGCCUCGCCGAACGGGUCAUCUGGGCUGUCAAUGCCGGGGGUGAAACACACGUAGACGUGCACGGGAUUCACUUCAAAAAGGACCCGUUGGAAGGGAAGCUCGGUAAAGCCUCCGACUACGGGGUGCGUUUGCCAAUUCUGCGCUCCAGUCAAGAGGACCAGAUUCUUUAUCAGACGGAGCGCUACAACGAGGACACUUUUGGAUACGAUGUUCCCAUUCGCGAGGAAGGAGACUAUAUACUGGUUAUGAAGUAUGCAGAAGUUUACUUUGCCCAGUCACAGCAAAAGGUGUUUGACGUCCGUCUGAACGGCCAUGUGGUGGUGAAGGACCUGGAUAUUUUUGAUCGAGUGGGCCACAGUACUGCUCAUGAUGAGAUAGUGUCUUUCUCUAUUCGACGUGGCAAGCUGAGCGUGCAAGGGGAGGUAUCCACUUUCAACGGCAAGCUCACUGUGGAGUUUGUAAAGGGUUAUUAUGACAACCCAAAGGUCUGUGCUCUCUAUGUAAUGAAGGGAACAUUAGAAGAUGUACCAAAACUUCAGCCUCACCCUGGCUUGGAGAAGAUUGAGGAAGAUGGUGAAGAUGGUGAAGAUGAUGAAGAUAGUGAAGUAGGCGAGGAAGGUGGAAAGAAAAAGUUGCCAGCAGGUGUGAAGAACAGGGUCCAGUCUGGUCCCCGAACACCAAACCCAUACGCAGCCGAUAACAGCAGUCUAAUGUUUCCCAUCCUCGUGGCAUUUGGGGUUUUCAUCCCCACACUGUUCUGCCUCUGUCGGCUGUGAGGUCAAACAAGCUGUCAGGAAGACGUUAGGAGGACGAGGAGGACGCAAGACUAUGAAGAGAGAGGGGGAGAGAAGAGGGGAGGGGGUCAAGGUGACAACAGCAGCACAGGUUGAACCGAGGGCUCGCAGAAAAUUGACGACGACGGCGGUAGGAACAAAAGGAGACAAUAAUUUUUUCGGGAAGCCACCUCAAGAUGAAGAAAAUGCUGCUGGUGAAUUGUACCGGAGGACAGAAAAGGAGAAGUAGGAAGUGUAUACUGUGCGCUUCUUUGUGAAUGUGUUUGGCAUCCACCUCUGCGGACCCUUUUGAACAAUGUUUGUAAUUUUCCACUCAUGAGACUGGGCGGGAUUUACAGAGGCCAGUCCUCACGGUUAGAAACCACAUCUCAGCAGCUAUGGGACACUCAGGAGUGAUUGGUCUGGGCCCGUUUUAUAAACUAAAAGCAUUGUUUUGUAUUGGGUGUGGCAAGGAAGCACACUUUAACACUCCUGCUGCUCCUGCUCAGCACCUGGUCAUACAUGCUACCUUUUAAUUGGAUAGGGUGCUGCAAAGAAAAUAGAUUAGAAAACAUGAGUCUGAUGGUUAACGGAAAUGCAAUUGCCAUUUAAAUGCUUUCAUUUUCAAUUUGUUUUUUUUUGUCUGUCCACUCAGAUCUAGUUAGUCCUGCCUUGACGUGCCAUCAUCUGCUUGCUGUUCAAUGUUGAAACAUCGAAAGGUUCACGUGGAAUUAGCUCUUUGGCCAGCAGGAUUAUUUGCUAUCUGCUGUCUUGACUCGGCUUGCCUUUACAGAAAUAUAAAACGGUUUUCAGAAAUUAGUUCAUUUGAGUGUUCAUAGAGAAACGAUUCCUCUACAGUAUCUACCCAUUGUCCUUUUUUUUUUUUUUUUUUAAGGAUCAAUCCAUUUUAAAAGGUGUGAAGAGACAAGUGUGCGAGUCCUGAUUAUCACGUUGCUUUACGUCAUCUUUGUUUUCAUUAUUUGUCCAUCAGCGAUGCAAGACUGCCUUUUUGUUUCACCAAAGAAUGUUUUAGUUUUUUUAUGUUUAGGGAAAAUUGGGAGCUGUUUUAUUAUUUGACAAACCACUUAAGAUUGAAUCUGAUGUUUGUGGCAAACGGUUAGGUUUAUAAUACACUUAAUAAAAAAACACCAUGAAAUUUGUUACGGUUUAUUUAGAGGAACAUUAUGUUCCACAUUUUAAAUCGGGGGGGGGGGGAUUAGGGUUAGGGAGGGGGUUGUUUUAUCUUUACAUAAUGAUGUGUUGAAUCUGAUUGGGCCAUGAACUUCACUCCAUGUUAUCAGACUGAAAGAGAACAAGCCACAGUAGCUCAAUGAUAAUAUAAUAAUUUAGAAUCACCUGUGCCUGUGCUGCAUGUGUUUGAUACAAAGUCUCUCUGUGGCAACCAAAAGCUCAUCCACCUGAAGUGAGAGAAAGCACAACAUUGGUAUCCGUAGAAAGCCAAAUGUUUACCAGAUGUUCCAGAUAAAUUUUCCACAUUCUUGACUUGGCCUUUCAGAUCUGUUGGCUUUUCGUACUUAUGUAGACCGUACCAUUUAGUUAAUUCAGUGCAGUUAAGAUGCCUGUUCUUGAUAUUGAACCGAUUGGAUAAUACAUGAUCAUUGUUGUUGUUUUUUUUCUACAUGGCCAUAUCAUUGAGUUAGUUAGUUAGUUUCAGCUUUCGGACAAAGCAAUCCUUUCUGCUUUAUAUCCGAACUUAGAAGCAGCUUUGUUCUUUUUUUUUUACAGUGUUGUCUUGUAAAUCCUCCUAUUACUUAUCUAGUUACUUCCCUUAAGUGCUUAGCUCUCCAAGGACAAUUUUUUAACUUUGCCUGUUUCACUAAUGCGUCUUAAAUUUCCCACGGGCCCCUCACCCAACCACCCAACUUAGUAUUGCUGUUGCCAAAUGCAUUACUUGGAAAAACUGUUAAUAAUUCAGUUGUUGCGGAUUCUCCCCCACUCCUUGAUCUCCCCUUCCCAGUGUGAUUGAUUGGCAAGAAGUUUGUGCUAUAAAAUGUUGUCUGUGUUUUGGGGGUUUCUGUUUUUUGGGGGGGGGUUAUGAUUUAAUCUUUUCAGCUGAAAACUCGACACCCUUUUUUUUUUUUUUUUUUUUUUUUUAUUUUUUAAUAUAAAAGAAGGAAGGACCUUUCUUCUUCCUAUUGGAUGCUGCAGAAAGUUAAUUAUUUCAGCACCAAAGUCGUCAUGUUCUGUUUCUCUACACAAGUCCACACAGUUGCAUGUGUAUAUAAGGUACAAGAUCACAAGUUUUGUUGUGUGACGGCAGUUUUGAUCUCAUCACUUUUGUGUUUUAGCUGAGGUGUUUCUCUCUUUUUUUUCGUGAGGAGGACUCUGUGGCUUUCCUCUGGGGAAGAAUAGUUGUUGGUACAGAAUAGGAAAAAUAAAAAAAAAUUAACAGGCAGCCAGAUGAACUGUCGGUAAAAGAGUAACAAAUAAAAGAGAUUACGUCUAAAAAUGUGGGAUCUUCCAUUCUAUUACAUAUAAUUUAAAUCAGAGUGGGGCUGAUCUGGAGAUAUUUUAUAAUACACUUGGAUUUGUAUGUUUGAAUUUUUCCUCAGGAUCUGUUUUGUUUUUGAGUUCUUAAAACAGGAUAUGUUAUUGGUGUGACAUUUUGCACUGCCUCAUGUAUUUUAAUUUUGAUGUGUGUUUGUCUUUGUUGCCUUGAAUUAUUGAAUACAACGUGCUUUACCAUCA